AUGCACCAUUUGAUUUUCAAACUUAGACAGAGUAGGGAUCCAUUGUUUGAUGUAAUCGCUAUUUUCAGAUUGAAAGGUAAUCUAAAAAAGCAUCUGAAGACGCAUGUCACUUCGAAGGAUGAACUGGAAAGAGCAUGGAGGCCUUUUGCUUGUAACCGCCGUCCCGCAGCCGAUAUCCCCGAUGAUGCUAUUAUAGUCCGUGGCACCGGUGACCCAUUCUUCACUCCUCCAUCGCGGCCCAGAAAAAAGAAACUAGGCUUAGGACCUGAUCCUUCAGCAUGGAUUGAGAAGAUCAGGAGAGGCGAGAUUCUACCGGGAACUAGUCUCCAGACAAAGAUGAUGAGGCUGGAAACACUCCUCAAGAAUAACGAGUUUUCGUUAGACGAGAUUUUUGAGCAAGCAAGAACUAUAGCUUUCGAAAAAUUCGAUUGUCCGAUGUGCAGGUCACAAUUCUUCUCGAGAGCUGAAUGUUACGAUCAUUUGGAAAUCGAGCAUCCUAUGGCACGAAUAGAAAGGCCAUUAUUUUGUGAGAUAUGCUUGAAAGUGUUUGCUGAUCGCAAAUCCCUGGAGCAGCACGAGAGCUACCAUAAACGAGUACAUUUGAUGAUCGAUAACAACGAGAUUGAGUUCACAGAUCCCGAGAUCUUGUUACCGGAAUCUUGUGAUUUCGAUGAAGAAGAUCUACAAGGAGUCCCAGUGAUCCAUUAA